GGAUCGUUGCUCUACAUACUGCGUGGUGCUCGGUGUCACCAGUGUGCGACUAGUCUGGUCUGAUAUAGGAGAUCGCCAAUGACAAGAUGGCCACGGAGCAUUAGAGGAAUCUGUCAACUCUUUCAGCUACAGUGAAAUAGCAUUAGGUGCUUUCUAUAAUAAUGGGUUUAUCACAAAGCACCGGUGCUUCGGAUGGAGGAACAGAUGGAUACCACGUCCACGGGGUGCAGGAGAAUUCCCCUGCAGAGAAAGCUGGGCUGGAGCCGUUCUUUGACUUCAUCCUCUCUCUGGGAGACCACAGACUGAACCAGGAGAAUGACAUGCUGAAGGACCUUCUGAAGGCUAACGUGGAGAAGGCAGUGAUCAUGGAGGUGUACAGCACUAAGACCAUGAGGCUGAGGGAGGUGGAGGUGGUGCCCAGUAACAUGUGGGGAGGACAGGGCCUGCUGGGGGCGUCUGUCAGGUUCUGUAGCUACCAAGGAGCCAACGAGAACGUCUGGCAUGUACUGGAUGUGGAUGUGAACUCACCAGCUGCGUUGGCCGGCCUUCAGGCCCACAGUGACUUCAUCGUUGGAGCAGACCAGGUGUUGCAGGAUUCGGAGGACUUCUUCUCGCUGAUCGAGGCCCACGAGGGGAAACCUCUGAAACUGCUGAUCUACAACACAGAGACAAACGCCUGCAGAGAGGUGGUGGUCACACCCAACGGGGCCUGGGGAGGAGAGGGGAGUUUGGGUUGCGGUAUCGGAUACGGCUACUUGCACAGGAUCCCAUCCAUGUUUCCCUCUCUCCCUGAAGAUGACUCCACGCCAGAGAUACACGCCAAUGGACACCAAGAGGCGUCUCUGAUGGUGGGUCAGUCCGGCCUGGGACAGGGAACAGAGAUGACAGACCAAGAUAACAGACUGGAACAGAUCACUCUGCAGAAAGAGGACAGUCCUCCAUCUCUACCCAUACAGGGAAUCAUGGAUCCAGGCUUCUCUGAGUCUGAGGUGGCUAUGAUGGCCCCUGACCCUUCAGAAGACAUGGCUGAUCGACUGGACCUGUCCGUCUCGUCCAUCGACAUGACCGGCACCUCUCUGGCCGUGCACGAGGAAAAGGACAGCAACGACAUCUCCGGCAUCGAAGAGCUGGGUGACAGUGAGCUUCCUGAGACGCCACCAGAGAACUGGAUGGAGACUGAACAUCCUGAGUCCCUUAUCAUGCCCACCGAAUCACAAGACCAAGCGUCCGAAUACGCUGGAUCCCCCGACACAGUUGUGGAGGCUCCAUUCGCCCCUCCUGUCGUUGAGUCCCUCGCCCCUCUCGUUGAUGCUGAAGCUUCUCUCCCGGACCCAGACAUCACCUCUUUCUCCCCCUCCCCUCCCCUGGACCUCCUGCCCCAGCCCCAGGUAUGUGACAUCUUGGUGGGGGACUCACUCACUCAGGACGACGUCACAUUGGAUGGAACACCACCAGAGCCAAUGGUAGAGCCUGACGUCAUCAGCUCACUGGAGCAACUCUCUGUGGAGCAGUCUGAAACCGCCGCGGCGGAACACCACCAUGACGACCACGAGUGUUGCCAUGACCACCACCACCACCACGAGGUCAGCAACCAGGAAGUGGAGGAAGAGUAGGUUUGUGUGUUUUCUUUCCGGGUCUGGUCACUGCCUGAAGAAACACUAGCAGAGAUACUGAGCAGUCCAACAACAUGGGAAAUGUUCAGGACACUGGUGAAAAGACCUGGGGUGAUGUAUCGAGAUGCAACACUAAUAGAACCAGAUAGAAAUGUAAUGAGUUUAACUGACACGCUUCCCCAUUUUUUUCUAUGAUGACAAUGGAUGUCUGUUUUUAUCUGAACGUGCUGAACAGGCCUCUGGUAUAUGAGUGAUGGCGAGCGUACAGUCUAUGGUCCAAGAGAACGUUGUACAGUUUGAAUUUUUAUUGAAUGACUGGUUGGAUGGGUCACGAGAGAGAUCAUGGUAGAAAUGCAUAACAAUAGCUCUCUUGUAUUUUUGGGUGUAGGAUCCUAUGUUACAAGUUCAGCUUAAUGUUCCGAUUAGCUGUAAGGGUUGCAAUGUUAUGAACAUUUUGUAGUUUUCGUGUAAAAAAAAAAGAUUUUUUAUUAUGGUUUUGGAUUUCUUAAAAAAACAAAUAAAUUAAUGGAAUGGCCGUGUGAAAGAUCCAAAGAUAAUUACACACACACACAGAUAAAUACAUUCAUUAUAUAUUGUUGAACUACUUUAUAGAAUUCACUACGACAAACCAGUGAUGUAUGAACUUAAAGCAUAGUUGCACCUUUUUUAAUAUUUGAUUUGUGACGACAACAACUCUUUUUUUAAAAAAAUUAUUUUUUUAUUUUUGUCUUGUAAUUUGACUAUUCCUGUUGAAAUACACUUGACAUACGAGUGGACCUCAUAGGCCUGGGUCUAAUACAUUCAAAUACUUGAGCCGCGCUUGAUUUAGUUUGCCAGUAGGCUUGCAUGGCCCUCCUUCCAAAUCCCGUCUGGUUGACUCGAACGUGAGAAGCCUGGGCUUCUAAGGUUACUUUGCCAGGUACCAUGGAAUAGUCUCAAAAGUGCAAACUUCAAGCUAAAUUAAGUGCAUCUCAAAUGUUUUUGGGACAUUUUUACAUACAUACUUGACCCAGGUUCAGUACCUGAACAGUACCAUUUAUAUAAUCAAUCAAUCACAGCUUUUUUUUUUGCUCUUAUCAUUUGGAAGGGUUCAAGGUGAACCUUGUAAAGGCCGUCGUUGUAAAUAAGAAUUUGUUCUUAACUGACUUGCCUAGUUAAAUAAAGUUUUAGUAAAUAACCUUCGCACGUCAGCAAACAAAAUGAUUAGAAACCAUGUGAAGGACUUACCAAGACAAACUAGGGAGAAAGGAGUUGGAGUAGUCUACACAAAAGGCUGAAUUUUUAUUUUAAUUUAGGUCACUUUUAAUCCAUUGUACAGGAUGAGAACAGGUGACGUCUUCCUUGGUUACUGUUAUAGGAAUCCAUGUUUAAAUUAAGUUUUUAAAAUAUUUUAAACGGUAGUUGUUUUUAAUGCAUAAAAUAUAGCAAUUGUUGUUAGUUCUGUGUUCACAAAAGAGAGACAUUUUUAAUGUGGGAUCAGGUUGUAGUUUUAGUUCUUAAACUCAAGAAAGUUGAAUCUGUACUUAAGAGGUAGACCUGUUUUCAAUAAGUUACAGUGCAUUUAUUCGUUAGACAAUAAUAUUUUCUGGAUUUCUGUAGCGUACGGGCCAGAUUCAAUCCGAUCGCGUUUGGUCGGCUAUGCACCUUCUUUAUAAAGUCAAUGUUCCUGUGAGACCGCAUUCACCAACGCUGCUUAUGUUGUCUCAAUAGUAAAUUACCUUUGAAUGUAAAGCGUGCUAAAUCUCAAAUCUACCGAAUGAUCGGAUUGAAUCCCAGCCUUUGUUGCAGGGCAUUUCUUUUUAAAGUGUCAUCUUAUGGGUUUCUGUACACCCUAGGUGAAAGGUCAUUAUUUUGUAAACAUACAGUAGGGAAAGUCUCAUUCCUCCAUGUUACCUCUUAUCUGUGUCAUUUUUUAUCUAUGCAAUUGUCAGCCAUGUUUGUAGUUUUCUUUUCUUUUUUUCUUUUUUUACGCUGUAGGCAACAUACUGUAGCCAUCAUGGAAGUCAUCUGUAAGCUGGAACCACAGACAAUACAGUAUCAGGGUUGAUCAUUUAAAUUCCAUUUAAAUUAGUCAGUUCAGGAAGUACACUGAAAUGUCCAAUUCUCUUAAAUUCUUUCUGAAUUGACUUGACCACAACCCUGUGCAGUAGCUUCUGAUUUAAAUCGUGACACUACUGUUAGUUUAAUAUAAAUGUUUUGAGCAAAUGCUUUUCUGUAAGAGAAGGUUAUUUUGGUCUUCUUUUUUGAUUUAGGCUAGGCACCUAGUUGUGAGAAAUGAGGGGAGGGGAAAUAUUUUAUCAAUGGAUGGAGAGUUUAUUGUUAAUGAGUGCAAAUGAAAUUCUAC